AUGACAUUUAUUCGUGAUCGUAUUCGAUAUACAGUAUGUGGAGUUUAUUUAAUUAUGUUUUCUACAUGUUCUAUACUAAUGAUGAUAUUAUUUUUAACAAAUAUAAUCAUUGCUGUUCGAUAUGAUAGUUAUUUACUUCGUUUAUGGGCAUGUCAUGGUCAUCCAUAUUUAUUUGUUGUUAUCUUGAAUAUAAGUAUUCUAAUAACUGCAAUUAUUGCUAUUGAAAAUGUAUCGACUCGAUAUUUUAAUGUUGAUAGAUAUCGUUCUCGUAAAUGUGCUAUAUUCAUUUUAUUUAAUCUUUUUAUUCUUGUUUCAAUAUUAAAUCUUGACAAAAUAUUUGCUCGAAAGUUAAAAUUCGAUCAAACAGGUCAUCUAUAUUGUACUUAUGAAUAUCCUUUAAGAAAAUUUUGGUUUUAUAUUAAUAAUUCGACAUUUUAUUUUUAUAUAAUUAUUCCAUGUAUAAUUCAUUUGCUAUGUAUUAUAUGUAUUUAUUCAAAAAUAAAGCAACAUAAACAAAUAUGGCAUCGAAAAAUACUUAUCUAUAUCGAUAGUCUUUUACCAUCAUUUAUUAUUAUUUUUUGUUUAUGUAUAUAUGGUAUAUUUCGAUAUUUAUUUAAUUCUUGCAUUAUAUACUCGAAUAGAUUUUAUAUUGGUCUUCAUAUUGGAUUUUUAUUACUACUUUAUAUUCCACAAAUAUUUACAUUUUCUAUUUACAUAUCACCUAAUAAAUAUUAUUUAAAAGAAUUUCAACAAUUAUGGAUUUAUCGAUUAUUAUUUUGUUGUUUUCCUGAAAAACAACGUCAAAUACAACAAUUUCAAGUUAUGAACAAUUUAUGGCAACGACGAACAUCAUUAGAAACUGCGAUGACAAUUUCGACUUUAAAUGACUAUUGUAUUGACAGUGAAUUUUAUAAAAACAUUAAAUUGGAACUUUAA